GUCAAGCCUGGUCCUUGGGUCCAUCUCACCGAGGCGGUCACGACGCAGUUCAUUUCGACAAACACCUCCAUUCCCGUACCGCUAGUGCACUGCUCCUUCGCCCACAACAACCGCGCCUACGUUGUCAUGGAGGGCAUGCAGGGCGACGGACUCGCAAAGAAAUAG